AUGCGGAAACGCCACCAAAGAGAUACACGUCUUCAUACUGGCCUCGAAGAAGAACACUGGAAAUCUACAUAUAAAAGAAACUAUAUUGAUCCACUGUUUCAACUCAAAAAGCAAAAGUCGGACGUAGUUGAGUUGUCCUCCUAUGAAUUACAUCACAGUGACUGCAACCAGUAUCAUAAUAUACGCCAACACUACCACCACUACCGCUACUACGCGACCAUACGUCGCAUCAACCAACAGUUGGAGAUGUGCUUACAGCAACAGUUGGAGAUGUGCUUACAGCAACAGUUGGAGAAUUGCCGACAGCAACAGUUGGAGAGUUGCUUACACCAAAAGAUGGAGAGUGGCUGCCACUGCUGCAAACAUAACGUCUAA